ACAACCUGCCCACAGCAGAGGAAGCAAAAUCGAAACUCUCCAAUGAGUUCACCUUCAGAGUAAUAGUUUGUCCCCCCUCUCUCUCUCUAUCUCUAUCUCUCCUUCUUAUCCCCUCGCUUGUUUUAAUCGUUUGGACUAUUGGCAAAAAUGAACGGCUCUUUGCACCCCCACCUCAAAUAUGUGGACAUAAAACUGAAGCGAGGACCUGCAGGCCUGGGCUUUAACAUACUCGGGGGCGUGGACCAGCCAUGUAGGAUGGAUGACAACGGCAUCUAUGUGAGUAAAAUAAAAGAGGACGGAGCAGCAGCCCUCGAUGGACGACUCAGAGAGGAAGACAAGAUCAUUGCGAUAAACGGAGUCUCACUUGAGAACCGGACACACAGAGAAGUGGUGGACCUGUUCCGGACAGCCGGGGAGAACGUAGAGCUCCGGGUUCUAAAGAAGUCGUCUUUUCUAACAAACGGACCGGCAGACUGCCCACCUGAAGGCCAAUCAUCUUCCAUGUCCUCUCUGGGAAUGCUGGCGCUAUUUGCUGGAGCUGUAACCAUCUUUGUAAUAGCAGCUCUUUACAAACGGCGCAAAUAGGGAAAAUCUUUUUUUUUUUUCUUCUUCUUUUUUUUUUUUAUCUAAGCUGACGAUGUCUGUAUCUUAAUUUUAGCACCAAAAACUUUGCUGAAUGCCAAACAAGUAAAGAGAGGAGCAGUGUGGACGGUAGAGCUUUUUCCGAUCAUCGGGUAAUGGUGUCGCGAUCUCGUUCGUCUCCACGUUCGUGCGUAUUCUGUGAUUAAUGGUAGCUUUUUGAGGCCUUUCCUGUGCAGGAGGACACUAUCUUACCAUCAGGGUUAUUUUAUACGGAGGAUCCUGUGCCGUACCGAGAUGAAGGGUCAUGACAUUCCUGCUGUGGGGUCGUGCCCCCCCUCUAAGCAGCUGAGAGCAAAUGAACAUUUUGGGGAGACCUUGGGGAAAAAAGGGGUCAGAUUUACACAAGCGCCAGUUAUUCCUAAAAUUUAAACACUGUCUUUUGCAAGAGACGCAGAUCCCUGCCUGUACGUCUGUGGCUGAAAUUCAGAUCGGCGAGUGCAAGAGGAGUCCGUGGUGUCAGACUUGAGACCGAGUGCCUUUUCUGUGUAGAGAACGCGUCUGCUGAAUGUUGUUGCUCCAUGAUAAUCAAAUCUUCCAAAAGAGACCAACUCCAACAAGCUGCUCUGUUUGUAAGAGAUAUUAAAAGAUCACGCUAAAAUCCAGCUGAAUCCUUUGGUAAAACAUCUGAUUGUUGACUCUUUAAAUCUCAGAUGAGUCAAGCGUUCGUUGGAGGGACUAUUUUUGGCCGCGGAUCAAGACACGCGCUGCUUUGGUGGUGUUCCGUAGGGGGAUUGGGGAUAGACGCAUUACACGGUGCAACAGUUUGACCCACUGAAGUAUUUUAAUAGUUCUGGAGGGCGGUGGGGCUCUGUGGCACAGACGAAGGACCUAAAGCAUAUGAGGUGUCCUUCAUAAAGUCAGUGUAGUGUUAGGUCUGUUUACCUGGGCCUUUAAAUAGAGCUCUUCAACGUACAUGUGCAUUUCAGGAAGUUAUACCAUCAUCAAAGAGUUGAUCUGUUUUUGUGUUCAUAUUGUCUGUUACGUUGAUGAUUCUGACCUGCACCUAACUAGAAGACCAGUUCCAUAGAAGCAUUAAAGAAAGGGAUUUUUAAUACAAAAAUAUUGCCGUAUUUAAAAGAAAGUUUGUGCGCCGUACAGUAUAUUCAACACUUGGCCAGGUUUGCUCUAAUAACGGCUUUUGGCGCGUCUGCACUGCUGGCCCUGAUGUCUUUUAUCUCUAAUACUCCAUAGAUUCUCUGUGGGGUCUAGGUCCACAACAUUUGCAAAACAACAACAACAACAAGCCCAUAAAGGGUCAUUAAAACAGGUUUUGGUACUUUCCCCAGAGGCUGGUGCGCCAUUUACUGCCACAUCUUUUCCUUCCACUCAACUUUCCAUCAAUCUGCUUGGAUUCAGUCCAAUACGUGAAUAAUUUGCCAGCUUUCUGAGAAUUUGAAUUUUGGAUGUUCAUUGGGUGUAAGCCACAAUCAUCAAAUUAGCAGAAAUAAAUGGGUGUGUAAUGGAUCUAUGAGUUUAACGUUUUGAAGUACGGAGAUUUAUUUUUCAGUAAUCUAAUUCACUCAGAUGCACUUGUACCCCUUAAGUGAUUGGUAGAGUUUCUUGCAACUCAUUAAAUCAAGGGCUUGCAAGGAUAUAUUUCAGCAAAUAUCUGAUUUAUUUCUUGGAUGGAGACGUUCUCUGAACCUACAAGGAAGGGAUCUGUUUUUUUAUUUUAUUUUUUAUAUAUAUAUAAUUUAUGUAUCAGACCAACAGCAGUGUUGAAAUGAGCUUCUGUCAGAAACUUAAUUUUUUCAUUUUGCACUAAAACAACAACCAUGGAGCCUUUCCUGUAAGGCUGGAACAGGAAUUGAUGCAUGUCGUGUUUUCUUUUGUUGGUCACAUCAUCACAUCUGUGUCUCCCUAUGUGGUAUGUUGUAUGUAAAUACAUUUCUGCCAAGUGACAUUGUGAAUAUGUGCAGUAUGCCAGAGAAUGAAAUCAGAAGCACUAAUAAAUUAUGCAAAUAUAUCCUCCGGACAUGUAAUAAAAUGUGUUUAAUUCAC